ACUCGCCACAUGUUUGUCCUAGGCCAUUUUGUCCAUCGUCAUUUAAUUGUUGGUGGACAUUGGCAUGCUCACAGUUUGUUCAUCAUAUCUGCGAAACAAUUUAAAUUUUGUGAUAUCCAAAGUAAUUACACAGAUUUAUCUGUCAUGGGUAAAAUAUCCGUUUUUGUGCUGGGAUCAAUUUCACUUAUAAUCAGGCGUUACGUCGAGCAAUAUAAGGAACAAGAUUUACGAACUUCCUUGUCUGAACUCGAACCAGAUUUGGGUUUGCCUCGGAUUGACACGUAUGAUUUUAUCAUUGUUGGGGCAGGUACAGCGGGUUGUCUGUUGGCAGGCAGAUUAUCGGUAUUUUUUAGGGUGCUUCUCUUAGAAACUGGUGGCCCUCCACCGACAACUGUGAACAAUCCAUACUUCUUUCGACAAUAUUUGGACGAUCCAUCAAUAAAUUACCUCUUUACAACAAGGCAGAAAUACAUAUCUUUGGAGUCAGGUGGGAUUUUUAACUUCUCCCAGGGGAGGAUGAUGGGCGGGAGUGGUUCGCACAACUACAACGGCUACGCCCGUGGCUCACCGCUGGAUUAUGAUACAUCUCGAGACAUUGGGAUUUUGAUCAAUGAAGACAAAAUGGCAUAUGGGGUUACCUACUUACGCCAUGGCAUCCCUCAAAUUGCCCACGCUUCACGAGAUGUAAUCAUAAGUGCGGGGGCAAUCCUGUCUCCACUGAUGUUAAUGAAGUCAGGCGUUGGUCCUCCACAGAUACUUCGAGACGCAAAUAUACCCAUCCACGAAGCUCUUCCUGGUGUCGGGCAAAACUUGGGAGAUCAUCCAUUAGCCCAAUUAACUUUUGAAAUUGGGAAUGCCGCUGCUGCUGCAGCUUUUGACGCAAUUCUACCAGAGUCUGAUUUUGAAAAGGAGCUCAUCAAAUUUCACUCAACACCAAGGGAUGGGGUAUUUGCGAAGAUACGGGCACAACAAGCCUUCCUCGUUUCGUCGCGAGCAAAGGAAAAUGGCGAAAAGGGUUGGCCAGACAUUUUACUGAUUAGCACUUUGUUCCCAGAGCAGAAUACGUCGCAGAUGUACUUCAGCAUAGCUCUCGGCCGACCAAGAUCCAGAGGAUCAGUUACACUAAACAGAAAGGCGUAUCUCUCUAGAGAAGUAAAUGACGAAAACCUAGCCGCAAUCGAUUUGGGAAGUUUGGCAGAUCAUACCGAUUUGGAAGUUAUGCUUGAAGCGUUGAGAAUGGUCCUGAAAAUUAAGGAGACAUCCGCCUUUAAAAGGUUGGAUCUCAAGCUUUCCUCGGUAAUUCCGCCAUCUUGUAAAAUAUACAGAUUUGACUCGAACAAUUUUUGGAAAUGUUAUAUAACUCAUACCACGAAAACAUUCUGGCAUUACUCGGGAACCUGCAAAAUGGGACCAAAAAGCGAUCCGUUUGCUGUGGUAGACUCGAAAUUUAGAGUUUUUGGCAUCCGUGCACUCCGCGUCGUCGAUGCAAGUGUCCUACCAAUGUCAACAGGCUCAAAUACCAACGCACCUACGCUCCUCGUUGCAGAAAAAGCUGCCUGCUGCAUCCUUCGUAAUCAUUUGCAACCUAACUUUGGCGACAAAUUUUGUCCGCUAGACUACCCCUGGCUGUUUAAACCUGUCGUGGAUCCACAUAAAUAAGUUGCAAUAAAAUUUAAUGCAAAUACUUCCUUCUAUACAAUUUACACUAGGGAGCAAAAUUAUUCGGGUAAGAUGAUCCUCAAAAUUCAAAUGGAGAUAAAUGAGUCAUAGCAAGUAUUUCUACACUCUCGUAACUUAGGCACAAGUUACGGGUCCUUAAGAAACCAAUUUAAAAAAUCAAAUUUCAAAAUUUUAAAAAUUUAAUUUGUAAUAAAAAAAAUGUCACACAGAAUAA